UCAGUUCUAGUACGGCUGUCCCCGCGCGCUGUAGCCAAGAUCUCCGGUGAUGAUGCGCUCGCGUGAGUAAAUUGCAGAUUACCAGCGUCGUGUGCGUGCGCUUGUGCUGUCGUGUCAUUAAAAAUGGAAGAUCACGACUAAGCUCCAAGUUCGCGCUGGCCGGACGCGCAAACAGCCCCGAAACAGCAGGGAAAACGGGAAGAGCGACACGAGCCUCGUCUCUACGACAACCUGCUGUCAACAAACACGAUUUUAUGCCUCCACGCAUCAACGAGUCUGUGGAUAGGGAGGACAAGACCACCAGGUGGUGCCAGUGAGUCAUAAUCUGAAAGUCACGCCAUGCCAGCAGAGGGCAGGAAGCAGCGCUCACACAGCGCCCGCCCCUCGCGCAGACGGAGGUCCAGACGCCGAGCGUCCAGUGCGAAGUCUCCGCGUGCCGAGGUGGACAUCCUGAGCCCCGCCGCCAUGACGAAUGCGUACUACAUCUCCCACAAUGCCAUGGACUGCCUGGAGUUCCGGGGCUUCGGCUGGCCGGAGGCGCACAGGAAGGAAGGCAAGCGGGCCAGGAAGCCCCGGAGCAGGAAAUGACCCGACAAGACCAGCAGGGGGCACCACACUCAACACUGCUCUGUGCCAACUGGCCUACGAACCACUACAGCACACACACACACACACACACACCACUACAGCACACACACACACACACACACACACACACACACACCACUACAGCACAGGCCAACACACACACACACACACACACACUCACACACACACACACACCACUACAGCACAGGCCAACACACACACACACACACACACACACACACACCACUACAGCACAGGCCAACACACACACACACACACCACUACAGCACAGGCCAACACACACACACACACACACACACACACACACACCACUACAGCACAGGCCAACACACACACACACACACCACUACAGCACAGGCCAACACACACACACACACACCACUACAGCACAGGCCAACACACACACACACACCACUACAGCACAGGCCAACACACACACACAAACACACACACACACAUAUACACACCACUACAGCACAGGCCAACACACACACACACACACACACACACACACACACACACACACACACCACUACAGCACAGGCCAACACACACACACACACACACCACUACAGCACAGGCCAGCACACACACACACACACACCACUACAGCACAGGCCAACACACACACACACACACACCACUACAGCACAGGCCAACACACACACACACACACCACUACAGCACAGGCCAACACACACACACACACACACCACUACAGCACAGGC